AUGAAGCGAAGCAUGGCUAGUACCUCCAAUGCCCCUCCGGCUAAGAUCGUGCGGACCGGCGAUCAUUCCAUCAACCCUGCCAUGAUUAAUCCUGCUCUUUCGUCUAACAAUACUCUCUCCCAACUCCAGCAAUUGCAACUCCGUAACGAGAAAUUGCUAAAGGAUAACGAAGAGCUCCGCCGUAUUCUUAAAGUGUCAAUGCAAGUAGGAAGAGCUGAAAUUGAGGGCCUGAAGGGGGGCCUGGCGAGGGCCCAAGCCGACAACGCGAAGCUUCGUAAAGCUGUCGUGGGAGCCCAACGGAGCAGUGAUUAUUGGAAGAUGCUGUUCGAAGUGAUUGAGAAGGAGAAUAACGUAGCCCAGAGCAUCCAGAUUCCCGAGCAGCGACCUACUCUCCCAAAAACAUAUAUCGGUGUCGCCGACAAAGCUCAGGCACAGCAGGCUAACAGUGUCGUCAAUCAAGCUCAACAACGACAUUUCGGCGGUGUCUUCGAUCAAGCUCUUCAUUUACAGCAGAUCAACCAGAUGCCUGGUGCCCAGCAACAUACUUCUCAGCAAAGAAAUAUGGGUGUCUUAAAUCAAGCUCAGUCAGAACAGGUCAACGGCGUCAUCGAUCCAGUUCAAUCACGGCAGUUCAACAGGGUUGACCUUUUACAACCUAUCAUGAACCAACCAGAUGAAUCCCAAGUCGGCACCGAAAGUACACCCCAGCAGAUACCAGAUGCUCUCCCUGCCAAGUCGCCACAGCUGGCAAGCGAGACGCCAACACUCACAGUCGCGGAGUCGGAUCCUGUCAACAACAACUAUUCACUGGAACAGUAUCUUGAGAAUUUGCCUUCCGAGCCUGAUUUUGAUUUUAAUUUUAACAACGGUCACAACAACACCGACAUCGACAACGACAAUGACAAUGACUCCUUAUUUAAUGGAAUUUACGAGGAAGAUACCACGGCGAAUUAA